AUGGCCAAGGACAACAGAGACCGUGACAAUAGCGACGCCGCCUCGUCCAGCCAAUCAAAACGACCCGCGCUGAACCAUCGCGACACCAGCGACUCCCAAUUCAGCGACCAUGCAGGAGGACAACAUGCCCCCCAGCAGCAGCAGCAGCAUUACGCCCCAGCCACCCGCGUAAAGUCUCAUCAGAAGCACGUCGUUGGAGGUGGCACUGGAAGGCUGCACGGCCGUGUCCCCUCAUCCAAGGCACUUCAUAAGAAUCAAAAUCAUCAUGCCAUUGGCCCCUCCAACGCGAAGCCUAGCAGACGUCAAUCAUCCCCCGCGGAUUACGACCUGGAUCGACCGGCCUUCCCGCCCACAACAGCAAACGCUUCCAACUCCAACUCUCAGCGACGCAGCUCCUCCGACCUGCGACUAUCGAGCAACAGUUCCGGCACGAGCCUGAGGAAAAAUCAAUCUACUUCAAGCCUUAAGCGCAACCGCUCACAUACGGACGUGGUGGUAAAGCGCGGCAGCAAACACAGCGCCGCUGCCCUCAAGCGCUCUCACUCCAAUCCGGGGAAUGUGAUAAAGAAGCAGGUCAAUAAAAAUCAGGUUCACUUUGAUCUUGGAACUGACGGCCAGGACGACGAAGACGACGACGGCGACGAGUGGGUUGAUGCGAGCUCCUCGGCAUCCCCCUACAUAUCACGUCGUGGAUCGGUCGCCAGCGUGGCCCAGGCCUCCGCCGCGUCCAGGCUAGACGGCCCCGAUAAGCAGGAGGCUUCUGUACCAGGGCAGCAAAGCCCGCGUCACCCAAACCUGCCUACGCACCCGCGGGUGGCGUCUGCAUCCUCGCAACAUUAUCAUUUCCCGACUUCAAAGCUACUGCAUACCCUAUCCUCAAACCAAGCCGAACCCAAAAUGUCGACAGAUACAGCGACAGCUCAGACAGCCUCUGUUUCUUCGCAAAAUCGACAGCGACAGCUCAGAUCCGAAUCGUUGCCCCGUCCAGAUUCCUCCGCCUCGAAUCUCUCUGCAGAAGCUGAGCUUGCAGCAGCCGCGCAAAGGCGUAUGAUGUUAGGCGGAAGUAGCAGUGGUGGCGUUGACAUGACCUCUCGCUUCGUAACGACCGGCUCGUCAGGCCACCCUAGUUCCCAAGGGACAUUGUUUGCACCGGACUCGCGCGUCUCAAGGCAUCAGGAUGAAGACAGCUCAGCCCCCAGUCGCUCGCGGUCCACUGGCGCAAUGAGUGAGCUGCGCCGUGAAACAUCACUCGGAAAAUCAAACGGGUCCCGGCCGAGUGAGGAAGGGUUGUCAUUGACGUCUGAUGAUGAGGCGGGGGGUGUGACCAAUGUAUCCAACAGAGCAUCGGCUUCAUCCUCAAGAACUCGCGUGCAAUCAACCACCAACUCAUCGAUAGGAUUUACGGUUCCCCCGGCAGAGAAGAGUCGGACACAACAGAAACUCAACCUUCAACGGGCUAGCUCCACACUAGAACCUGGCCAUAUCCAUCAUCCUGGAAGCGUUGUGACGGGACCACUGGUAGGAGGUGCAGGCUACGACGCGCGUGACCCUCGUGUCGGGAAGUUGCUGGAACGAACCGGCAUGGAAUAUCUGGUUGUGCGACGAUAUCAAAACCCCGUCGCCCGCAGCAUCACCCGGUUGUCAUUACUAUCCGGUGCAAAUAACAGCCGUCGUAUACCACAUGCAAACGGACAGUCAAAAACAAAUCACACUCGGAAUGCGUCUGACUAUAUCAGCGGAGCUGCGUCUCGACUGAGCCAGAGCUUUAAGGAAUCGGACGUCCCUAUACAGUCUGCAUCCUCGGCUGCGCUUAACAACCUUAGACAGCAACAACGACCAAACGGUCCGAAACGAGCUUUCUCGGCCGUUCGAGCCAACCGAAACUCGUCAGAAAUUGAUACGGAAGAUGGAGAGUCGCGAUAUGGAAUGAACGCGGGACAACGAGCUGGUGCCAGCCUCGGUGGUUCUGAUGGCGAAUCCACUGCGGCGCUACUGAGGAACCUGUGGGAGAAGAAUAUGGAUCUCAGUGCCAGCCAGGACUAG